CUUCGUCGAGAAGCUCAAGGACAUGGGCAAGAGCCUCGUCAAGAAGGUUGCUGGUGCCUUCCAGCCCAACAAUGCCCCGGCGUCACUCCUGUCUUUCUCCUUCCUAGCAAAGCACCGCUACAAACGCAAUCCCAAGUCCGCGUCCAAUACCAAAAAAAACUGCAGUUUCUACCGAUCCUCUCUCCAAAACACCGACAUCAGCACCAUGUGUUUCGGCAAGAAAUCCUCCAUCUCCGCCGACUCCUUCUCAUCUUCGUCGAGCGAUGAGUUCAAUGCUCGCCCUAUCGAGCUCAACACCAUCCGCCGCGUCAACUCUCCUCGCUGCGCUGCCAGAGGCACUGCCUACUUGCCUUACCAGGUCGCUCAAGCCGCCUCAGACCGUGACACCAUCCGUGUCGUCAACAAGAGUCCCGCCGACCAUGCUAACCAGCAGAAGUACCAGCCCCAGGCAGACCCUUCGUGUUUACCAUUUCACGUGUUCGAGCACGACUUUUACCAAACACAGACCGCAACUCUGACGUAUCCCACGCGACUCACCAUAAUCAUCAGCAUUACUCCCGUACUGCAGCAAUCUACUACAAUGUGCCUCCCAGUUUUCAAGCACAGUUGCUUUGUUUUCGGCGCCGUCAUCAACCUCGUCCUUCUGAGCUUGACCAUCUACACUGCUCAGACCGGCAAGCCCUUUGCUGUUUGGGGCUCUCUCCUCAUUGCUUUCCUCCUUGCCUUCGUUUUCGUCGCUUCUAUCACCAUGGGUAAUCUCCGCUACGAGCCUCGCCACACCCCCAAUUCCUCCUACAUCGUCCCUCUCUACGACGAGGAGAUCGAGCUCUACCACAUUGGUACCUCGCCUCUGUCAACCAUCGAAGAAGACCCUGCUCAAACGGAAGUUUACCGCCGCCUGCUCCGCGACCGUCCUCUUCCCCCUGAGCCAGCACUCAGCCCUCCCAGACGCGGCUCGCCUUUUCCCACUCUCAUUUCACCUAUGAGCGACCCCUUC